GCCUACAUUUUUGGGGGUGGGGAAAAAGCUGGAGAGCGUUGCAGCGGUGGUACUUGGGGUUUUAUUUUUAGCCUCUUCGCGACCCUCUACCACGACAGCUGUCUCCCUCCUCCUCCUUCUCCUCUGACAGAGCAGAGUCAGGAAUAGCCUAUCACUUUGCACCUCUCAGAAUUUAGGCUGCCGGUUAGUUUGACGUGGGUCUUGUGGUUCUCAGGACCGUCUUUCUGGCUCAAAUACACACACAUGCUCUCGUCUCACAGCUUUGGUUGGCACUCAUCUGCGCUCUGACCUUGGUGGGGAACGACUUUCAGUGUUUGGAGCUGCUGCAAAAGAUCUCAGAGCCAAGAGCCUCCUCUUCUUUCCAGCAUUGUGGGUCUUAUUUACCUGAAGUUUGUGACCUCACGUAACAUAACUGUGAAGAUCAGCAUCCAUUCUGCCAGCCUCUUGUCUGCUGGUCCCUUCAUCUGUCACUCAUCUUUUCAUCCCGCCCUCCCUCCCUCAUCAAACCCUUACCCGGCCCAGCCCAUGACAGCAGCGUUGCCAGCAUGGCAUUCUCAUCACGCUUUUCCUUCUGGGAGCAAAAGAUCAAAGAAGAGAACAAGCCAAUCCCCAAGAAUUCAAAAGACAAUUCUGACAGCGAUGGCAGUCUGAGUAGCCGUUCCCAGUCAGUUCCCAGCCUGGAGCCUGGCAGAGGCCUACUUCGAGCCAAAAGUCCUCAGCCUGUUCAGGACGAACCCACAGAGAUCCAGUCUCAAUCUCUGUUCAGGCGAGUCAAAAGCCCUUCACCUAACAGAGACAAGAUGGCAACCAGAAAGUUCUCUGAAGUUCCCAAAAUGCCAGAGCGCUUCAAAAGCCCUGAGCCUCCCCGAAGUCCCUUGAGCCCUGAACCUUUCCAGAAUGGAGAAAGCAAAAUUAAUGUUACCCUUAAUGGCAGUGUAAAGACUACAGCAAGUGCCAGUCAACCAGAACUCACAGAGGACUUGCAGGGUGGGACUCGUAAGAAGGUGGUAAAGGUGGUACGCAGAGUGGUUAGGAGGGUAGUUCCUGCUGAAGAAGACACUGCAACAAACCCUGUAGCCAUGUCACCAGAACCAUCUAAACCAGCUUUAGAAUCACUGAAACCUGAACCAGCAUCUGUUCCAAAAGUUGUAAAGAUGCCUGUGUUCUCCUUCAAACAUGAUUCCAUAAAGAAGGAGGAAAGAGAUGAUAUCUCUGUUGGACUGACAAGUUUAAUGACACGAGGCAGGACCAGAGAACCUCGUCCGCGCAUUCGCAAGGAUGAGCCUCCUGAAAAAGAGGAUGUGAAAGCUGUAGAGAAAUCUCAAAAGAAGGAAAUUUCUGGACCAGCACAAGAUAAAACUGUUCCGAAUGUAGAGGCCUCUCAGAAUCCAAAACAAGAGCCACAGACUUCAGCAUCUCCUGCUAUCUUGACGACUCCCAAGUCUCUUGUUUCACCACCAGCAGGAUUCAUCCCAACCCCAAAACCCAAUCCACUCUCUCCCCCAUCUGGUUUUGUUCCUACACCGAAACCCUUAGGAUUUUCCACCACCUCAAAACCAUCUACUCUUUCCCCUCCAGCAGGCUUUAUUCCUGCUUCAAAACCUUCUCCUGUGACUCCUGCUGGAUUUGUUCCAACAGCUCCUAUUGUUUCUCCACCUUUAGCCCCUAUUUCAGAUCCCAAAACAUUGCCUGUUAUCCCGGGUUCCACACCUGCUGUUCCUAAAGCAGCUGCUACUUCUGCUCCAACCGCUCCUGGUAAAUCCAACACCCAUAACCCCCCGGCCCCCAAAACAGAUCCAUUUGCCCCUCCAUCAGGGUUCAUUCCCACCAAUAAACAGAUACCUAUGAAGAAACCAGAGGUGAAGAUGGCCAUACGUGUGCCACCAAGUCAAGCAGGGAGACCUUCUCCUGGGAGCAUUUCUAAACCCUCUCUACCAACCUUGUUCAAAAAGGAGAGUCCGCCACUGAGUCCCACAGAAGAAGCACAGAGACGGCUGGAGAAGAUCUUCGCUGCACCUCUGGAACCUGUGGCCAGUGCCUCUGCGUCGUCUCAGGGACAGGUGGAGGAGGACCCCGUGGCAAUCCUAAAGGCAGACCAUGCCGCUGCCGCCCAUCCUAAGGUGAAAACAGAGGAGCAGAUAGCUGCAGAGCAGGCAUGGUACGGUACGGAGAAAGUGUGGCUGGUCCACAAGGAUGGAUUCUCUCUGGCCACUGUUGUGAAGACAGAGGCUGGAAGUCUACCAGAGGGGAAAGUGAAAAUCAAACUGGAGCAUGAUGGGACAGUACUGGACGUGGACGAAGAUGACAUAGAGAAGGCGAACCCUCCGUCAUUUGACCGCUGCGAGGACUUGGCAGCUCUGCUCUAUCUGAACGAGUCCAGUGUCAUGCAUUCCUUGCGCCAGCGCUAUGGAGGAAAUCUCAUCCACACAUACGCAGGGCCCAACAUGGUGAUCAUCAACCCUACCAGCGCCCCCUCCAUGUACUCAGAGAAGGUGAUGCACAUGUUCAAAGGCUGUCGGCGGGAAGACACAGCCCCUCAUAUAUAUGCAGUGGCCCAGUCAGCCUACCGAAAUCUUUUGACAACACGGCAGGACCAGUCUGUAGUGCUGCUGGGAAAGAGCGGCAGUGGCAAGACCACAAACUGCCAGCAUUUAGUCCAGUACCUGGUGUCCAUCGCAGGCAGCACCGGAAAGAUCUUUACUGCUGAGAAAUGGCAAGCUGUCUACACAAUCCUAGAGGCCUUUGGAAACAGUGCCACCUCCAUGAACAAUAACGCAAGCCGCUUUUCCCAGAUCGUCUCGCUGGAUUUUGACCAGGCUGGUCAGGUGGCCUCUGCCUCCAUUCAGACAAUGCUGCUGGAGAAGCUGCGAGUGGUAAAACGACCAGAGACCGAGUCCACUUUUAAUGUUUUUUAUUACAUGAUGGCUGGAGCAGAUAGCACACUUAGAACGGAGUUGCAUUUUAACCACUUUGCAGAGAACAGCGCUUUUGGGAUUGUGCCUCAAACUAAGUCUGAGGACAAGCAAAAGGCAUCACAACAGUUCACUAAACUGCAGGCAGCUAUGAAGGUUCUGGGCAUCUCUUCUGAUGAACAGAAAGCUCUGUGGCUCAUCCUUGGAGCCAUUUACCAUCUUGGAGCUGCAGGAGCCACGAAAGAAGCUGAUGAAGCGGGUCGGAAACAAUUUGCACGCCACGAGUGGGCCCAGAAGGCGGCUUACCUCUUGGGUUGCACCCUAGAAGAACUCUCGUCUUCUAUCUUCAAACACCAGCCCAAGGGAACCUUACAGAGAUCCACCUCAUUCCGCCAGGGACCAGAUGAUACCGGGACAGGAGAAAACUCGGCUCCAAAGAUCACAGCUCUGGAGUGUCUGGAGGCCAUGGCUGCUGGACUCUACUCUGAACUCUUUACUCUGGUCAUCUCACUUGUUAACCGAGCGCUGAAGUCGAGUCAGCAUUCCCUGUGCUCUCUGCUUAUUGUGGACACACCGGGAUUCCAGAACCCAAAGUUUACGAAGCGGGACCGCGGAGCCACCUUUGAGGAGCUGUGCCACAACUAUACACAAGAACGUCUACAAACGCUUUUCCACGAACGCACUUUUGUACAGGAGCUAGAACGCUACAAGGAGGAAAACAUAGAGCUUGCAUUAGAUGACAUAGAGUCCAGUACGUCACUCUCUGUAUCAGCUAUAGACCAAGCCUCCACUCAAGCAUUGGUGCGGACCUUGGCCAGGACAGAUGAGGCGAGGGGCCUGCUGUGGCUGAUGGAGGAGGAAGCUCUGCAGCCCGGGGGCUCAGAGGAAACUCUACUGGAGAGACUCUUCAGUUAUUACAGCCCUGUGGAUGGAGAGAGCAAAGGCCCUGCCCUGCUGCUAAAGAGUGAGAAGGCACAUCACUUCCUGUUGGGUCACAGCCAUGGGACUGACUGGGUGGAAUAUGAUGCUAGCGGCUGGUUGAACCAUGCCAAACAGAAUCCUGCCUCCCAGAAUGCAGCCAUUUUACUGCAGGACUCUCAGAAGAAGAAUAUCAGUGGCUUGUUUAUGGGGCGUUCAGGGGGAGCCACAGUUUUGUCGGGCUCUAUUGCUGGGCUUGAGGGCGGAUCACAGCUGGCCCUGCGCAGGGCCACAAGUAUGAGAAAGACCUUCACCACUGGUGUGGCGGCUGUUAAAAAGAAGUCCCUCUGCAUUCAGAUUAAACUGCAAGUAGAUGCGCUUAUAGACACGGUGCGGCGGUCCAGGGUGCACUUUGUGCACUGUCUGCUGCCUAAAGCAGAGACGCCGGCUGGGGAUUUAAAGGUGUUAGGACCGUCAUCUCGCUCUGGGGAGAUAGAUGCACAGGGAGAAAGCUGUGACAACGGCCUCAUGCAGCUGGAUGUGUGCUUGCUCCGAGCACAGCUGCGUGGCUCCAAACUGCUCGACGCCCUGCGUAUCUACCGCCAAGGUUAUCCCGAUCAUUUGGUCUUCUCGGAGUUCCGUCGCCGCUUUGAUGUGCUGACUCCUCAUCUGACAAAGAAACAUGGGCGGAACUACAUUGUAACCGAUGAGAGAAGGGCUGUCGAGGAGCUGCUGGAAUCUCUUGAGCUGGAAAAAAGCAGUUAUCACAUGGGCUUGAGCAGGGUGUUCUUCAGGGCAGGAGUUUUGGCUAAGCUAGAGGAGCACAGAGAUAUCCAAACCAGACGCAACAUCACCCUGUUUCAGGCUGCUUGCAGGGGCUACUUGGCCCGACAAGCCUUCAAGAAAAGAAAGAUCCAGGACUUGGCAAUCCGCUGCAUCCAGAAAAACAUCAAGAAGAACCGGGGUGUUAAAGGCUGGCCGUGGUGGAAGCUCUUCACCACCGUCCGUCCUCUCAUCGAGGUUCAGCUUACAGAGGAACAGAUCCGCGGCAAAGACGAGGAAAUUCAGCAACUCAAGUUGAAGCUGGAGAAGGUUGAGAAGGAGAGGAAUGAGUUGAGACUCAAUAGUGACCGACUGGAAAGCAAGAUCACAGAACUCUCAUCAGAGCUCGCCGAUGAGCGCAACACGGGCGAAUCUGCCUCGCAGCUGCUGGAGUCCGAGACCUCGGAGAGACUUAGGCUAGAGAAAGACAUGAAGGAUCUACAGGCCAAGUUUGACGCUAUGAAGAAGCAGAUGGAGUCUAUGGAGAUGGAGGUGAUGGAGGCACGACUCAUACGGGCAUCAGAGCUCAACGGGGAAAUGGACGACGACGACACUGGUGGAGAAUGGAGGCUCAAGUAUGAGAGAGCCAUCAGAGAAAUCGAGUUUACCAAGAAGAGACUCCAGCAGGAGUUUGAUGAUAAACUAGAGGUUGAGCAGCAAAACAAGAGGCAGCUGGAGAGAAAGCUGACAGACCUGCAGGCAGACAAUGAAGAGGUGUGCAGCGCGGCGCAGCAGCUGAAGAAGAAAUGCCAGAGACUGACAGCCGAGCUGCAGGACACCAAACUGCACCUGGAGCAGCAGAGCCGCAACCAUGACCUGGAGAAAAAACAGCGCAAGUUUGACUCAGAGCAGACUCAGGCUCAAGAGGAGGUGCAGAGAGAGAAGAGUCAGCGGGAGAAACUGAGCAGAGAGAAAGACAUGCUGACCGGGGAAGUGUUCAGCCUCCGACAACAACUGGAGGAUAAGGAUCUGGAGAUAUGUGCUGUCAAUCUGAAGCUCGAGCAAAUGGAGGCAGAGCUUCAAGAUCUAAACUCGCAGGAGACAAAGGACGAGGCGUCAUUGGCCAAGGUUAAAAAGCAGCUUCGUGACCUUGAGGCAAAGGUCAAAGAUCAAGAAGAAGAGCUUGAUGAACAGGCUGGAACCAUUCAGAUGCUGGAGCAGGCCAAGCUCCGUCUGGAGAUGGAGAUGGAGAGACUCAGACAGACGCAUUCGAAAGAGAUUGAGAGCAAAGACGAUGAGGUGGAGGAGAUCAGACAGUCCUGCAGCAAGAAGCUCAAGCAAAUGGAGGUGCAGCUGGAGGAGGAGUAUGAAGAGAAGCAGAAGGUCUUGCGGGAGAGAAGGGACCUGGAAACCAAGCUGAUGAGCGCUCAAGACCAGGUGAGCCACAGAGAUGUGGAGACAGAAAAGCGUCUGAGGAAAGACCUGAAGCGUACAAAGGCCUUGCUGGCUGAUGCCCAGAUCAUGCUGGAUCACUUGAAGAACAAUGCUCCCAGCAAGAGAGAGAUUGCUCAGCUCAAGAACCAGCUCGAGGAGUCGGAAUUCACAUGUGCUGCUGCCGUCAAAGCACGAAAGUCAAUGGAAGUGGAGAUUGAGGACCUCCAUGUCCAAAUGGAUGACAUAUCUAAAUCCAAGCAGGCGCUUGAGGAGCAGCUGAGUCGAUUGCAGAGGGAGAAGAAUGACCUGCAGUCCCGCAUGGAGGAGGAUCAGGAGGACAUGAACGAACUCAUGAAGAAACACAAAGCCGCUGUUGCCCAGUCCUCACAGAACCUGGCCCAGAUCAGUGACCUGCAGGCCCAGCUGGAGGAGGCCAUGAAGGAGAAACAGGACGUCCAGGAGAAGCUCACAGCCCUGCAGAGUCAGCUAGAGUUCCAAGAGCAGUCCAUGGUGGACAAGUCUCUGGUCAGCCGGCAGGAGGCCAAGAUCCGUGAGCUGGAGACCAAGCUGGAGUUUGAGAAGACACAGGUCAAACGCUUGGAGAGUCUUGUAGCGAGGCUGAAAGAGAAUCUCGAGAAGUUGACUGAGAGGAGAGACCAGCGCAGUGCCAGCGAGAAUCGGGAGAAAGAGCAGAACAAACGUCUCCUGAGGCAGAUCCGAGACGUCAAAGAGGAGAUGGCCGAGCUGGCCAAGAAGGAAGCGGAAGCCAGCCGCAAGAAACACGAGCUGGAAAUGGAUAUUGAGAGUUGGGCGGCCAAUCAGAGUCUCCAGGCAGAUCUCAAGCUGGCCUUUAAGAGGAUCGGAGACCUCCAGGCUGCUAUUGAGGAUGAGAUGGAGAGCGAUGACAAUGAGGAUCUCAUCAACAGUUUACAAGACAUGGUGACUAAGUAUCAGAAACGAAAGAACAAAAUCGAGGGCGCCUCUGAUACCGACUCUGAGGUGGAGGACCGCGUUGAUGGGGUGAAGUCAUGGCUGUCCAAAAACAAGGGCUCUGCCAAGAACCUGUCAGAUGAUGGUAGUCUGAAGAGCUCAAGAUUUGCUGUAAAUGUUGACGGAAAGGGGAAAGAGUGGGAAGAGGGUAAAGAAUGGAAAGACAGUGGCAAAGGUAAAGAGUUAGAACCCAUCAGGCCUGUGUCUGUCAUGAGUUCCCUCAGCUACAGGAAACGCUCCAACAUGAAGGACUCCAUAGGAGGUAAGGGGGAUGAGAGUUCGCUCCUCAACACCCUCAAAGAACAAUCUGAUUCCCAGGACCUGUCUUCCUUCCGCAAGAACAAAGCCAAGCAGGAAGCUGAGGAUGACUCCUACUCUGUCAACUCCUGGAGGAAGGCGGGAGAUGAUCUUGAGGAUCGUGGAUCUGUCAUCUCUCAGGCCUAUUCGGAAGCAGCUAGUCGGGCAAGGAAGGGCAUGGAGAGCCGCUGGUCUGAGUUCGAUAAGGAGUCUGUUGUGUCCUCUGUAGCCCCAAGCCGGGUUUCCACCUGCCGUACUGCGAUGGACCUAGAUGACGAUGCUAUUUCCAGCGUGAGUCGCAUGAGUUCAGUAAGCCGGCGUCGGAGCAUGCCUCGUCUUGACGAUCGCCAGAGUGAAUAUGGUUCACCUGUAAGCCCUAGCUUGAGUCGACGUAGCCCUGGAAGUGUGAGCCGUGCCGAUUCCCGUAUGUCGCUGUCUCGCAGCUGUCGCCUCAGUGAAUUUGACGUGGAUGACGAUGCCCGAAGCAUAGCAUUCAGUGAGGCUCGCUCCAGCGCUUACAGCCCCCACUCAACCUCCGGCCGAAGCUUCUCCAUGCCUCCGCAAGCCCGGACCACUGACUCCAGUCCGCCUGAUGUCUCGGACGUCAAGCCAGUCAGUCACCGCAACUACCUGGACCCUGACCUGGAGGCCGCCAUCAAUGAAGUGUUAAGCUUCAAACCCAUCAAGUUCAAACGCACCAGCUUGGAAGAAUCUGAAGUGGAGAAAAAUAGGCCAGGGGGGGAGGAGGAGGAGGAAGAGGAUGACCGAAAGAGUGUCACCAGCUCCAGGAUCGGCAGGGACAGUGGCCGCUCUUCCAGCUUGCGUCGCUCUGCUUCAGCUGUGGACUUCAUGCGUUCCAGCAGCAGCCUCAGCACCCGCAGCAGCCGCAGCAAGAAGGGCAAGAGCAAGAAGAAGAAGAGGAGAAGCCACAGCUCAGAAUCAGACAGCUCUGAUGAUGGCCACAAGAAAAAGAGCUCCAAGAAGAAGAGCAAGAAGUCCAAGAAGAAGUCCAAGAAAGAGUCUUCGUCUUCCUCCUCAUCCUCAGAUUCUGAGUCUAGCACAGAGUCAGACUCCAGUUCAGGAGCGUCCACUAUUUCUUACAGAAGCUCCAGCAGUAUCAAGAAAGCCCCUGGCAGGCAGGCCUCAGGCUCUGAGGGAGAGCUGGAGCCCGAAGACCCCUCUGAAGGAGCUCCCCCAAUGACUAAGAAAGAGGAGAAGAAGAGAAAGAAGAAAGUAGACAAUCUUAUGAUGAAGUACCUGUACAGGCCUGACAGUGACUAAAGAUUGCACCCACCCUCCAGUCGCAGACGCUUCUGCCUUGACAGAUCUGACGAGGAAGAGGAAGAAGAAAAAGAGGAAGGGAGCGCGGGC